CAUACCAUUUUGAUUAAUCAUGUUAGAAUACGAGAACCAAAUAUUUUUGGAAAUACUCCAUGAAGAUGGAUUAGUUAUUACUGCAAAGGGACUUGGUUUAGAAACUGUAUUUGCGAAUGUAAUAAGAGCAUAUUUAGAUCCAGGAAACUUGGUUAUAGUUAUAGGAACUACAAACCACGAUGAACAAUAUUUCACUGAUUUCUUAAAAAGCCAAGGGCUUGCACAAUUACCACGUGUUGGAAACGAAUGUACUUCCGACGAAAGGGAAAUAAUGUAUAUGGAAGGUGGCGUGUUAUUUAUGUCGGGUCCAGUUCUUGUAAUGGAUCUAUUAAAAAAAAGAAUUCCACUGAAUUUAGUUACUGGAAUACUUGUGUACAGAGCACAUAAUAUUUGCAGUUCAUAUCAAGAAGCAUUUGCUCUUCGUUUAUACAGACAGAAUAAUAAAACCGGCUUUAUUAAAGCUUUUACAAAUUCAUCAUUAGCAUUUACUGUUGGAUUUUCGAAAAUAGAACGUGUCAUGAAGGCUUUAUUUGUCAAAAAGUUGUAUUUGUGGCCGCGAUUUCAUACACUUGUAAAUAACAGUUUAGAAAAACACAAGCCAGAUGUGAUUGAAUUACAUGUAAAGAUAACACCAAAAAUGUUGAACAUUCAAAUAUCUUUGCUCGAUGUAAUGAACUAUGUUAUAAAAGAACUAAAAAAACUUAAUAAAUAUUUAGAUUUAGAUGAGUUAACUGCUGAAAAUGCAAUAGCUAAAAAAUUUCAUAAACAGUUGCAAUUGCAAUUAGAUCCUAUUUGGCAUCAACUUAGUUCUACUUCUAAACAGUUAUUAUCUGAUUUAAAAACAUUACGUGCUCUUCUCGCCUGUUUGACAUAUGAAGAUUGCGUAUCGUUUUAUGCAAUGUUGAAUCGUUUACGUACCAUGGAAUAUGCUGUAAAAAAUAGUGGCUGGCUAAUGUUGGAAUCAGUAGAUACCUUAUUUAAAAAUGCGAAAAACCGAGUGUACAAUGAAAAAAAUGAAUUGAAACCUGAAAUUACACCGAAAUGGGCCGCUUUGACAGAAGUAUUACUCGAAAUUCAAAAUGAGAGUAAAAAAAGAAAGCAUAGUGUUGAUGUUGAAAAAGUUCUUAUUUUAGUGAGUGAUCGCAAUAUCUGUUACCAACUAAGAAAUUACUUAACCAUGGGUGCUAAUGAAUAUUUACUUUAUGAAGCAAUGAAAAAGCUGUCUUCUAAAGAUAUACAGAAAAUAAGUGAAGAAAGUACAGAGAAUGAGAAUGCUGAAAAAAAUGAAGAUAAUGCUGAUGAAGAGCAGGAUGCUUAUAUAUUAACAUUAUCACAAAAAGUUAAAGAAGGAUCUCAAUCUAAUUCAACAGAUCAAGGAGAUAAACAACAAAUUUUGUUCGAAGACUGUUCACAAAUGGCCGAUUUAGAUUUAAGUACUGUAAGUACAGACACGCCUGUUAUUUUAAUACAAUCUCUAAAAAAGAGUGGAGAUCCAAUGGCACUGCAACGUACUUUAGCAGAACAUUUGCCAAAUAACAUUGUUAUGUACGUUGCAGAUAUUUCUGCAGUACGUCAAAUUGAAGUUUAUCAAAAUAACAAUCCAUCGGUAGAUUUAAAAGUAUAUUUUUUAAUUUAUGGAGGUUCCGUGGAGGAACAGGAAUAUCUUACAUCUUUAAGACGAGAAAAAGAAGCGUUCCACAGAUUGAUCAAUACUAAAACUACAAUGGUUAUUCCUGAGGAUCAAGACGGAAAAACGGAAGAUCUUGCAGAGCAGUCAGAUCUAGAUAAUGUAGAUACACGUAAAGGAGGAUUACCAAAACCUGAAGUCCCUGAUGUUGUCAUAGUUGAUAUGAGAGAAUUUAGGAGUGAAUUACCGUCAAUGUUGUACGCGCGAGGCAUGAAAAUUGAACCUGUAACAUUACAGAUCGGAGAUUAUAUUUUGUCGCCAGACAUUUGCGUGGAAAGAAAAAGUAUUUCUGAUUUAAUUGGAUCGUUAAAUAAUGGCAGAUUAUACAAUCAAGCUAUCGCCAUGACCAGGCAUUAUAGUAAACCAAUGCUUUUAAUAGAAUUCGAUGCGAAUAAGCCAUUUUGUUUCCAGGGUAAUUACUAUGCUAGUAAAGAUGUACAAAAUACACUAAUUACUUCAAAACUCCAGCUUUUGACUCUACAUUUUCCUCGUUUGAAAUUAGUAUGGUCUCCUGGACCCCAUGCAACAGCACAAUUAUUUGAGGAAUUAAAACAAGGGAAAGACCAACCAGAUCCAAUUAAAGCUGCACAAAUUGGAGUUGAAGAGAAUAAAGAAUUGACAAUGGGAAAAUAUAAUCCACGUAUUCAAGAUUUUGUUGCAAAAUUACCCGGAAUUACAACUAAAAAUCUACAUUUAGUAUUAAACAAAGGACAGUCGUUAGAUCAUCUUAUUACACUUACGAAAGAAGAACUUACAGAACUGCUUCAAAAUAGGCAUGAAGCACAAAUGUUAUACACUGCAAUUCAUGAAAAAUGUUCUCCGAUUGAAGACAAAUCGAAGGCUAUUAAUAGAAAAUUUACAUCUAGUAAAGGGCGUGGAAAAAGACUGUUUACUAAAAUCAAACAAUAACAUUUUGUAUAAAUAUAAAAUAAAAUACAUUAUUCCACAAAUAUCAGUAG